AGGGAUCGGCGCUUCGCUUCCUUUCUGUCGUGGUGUCCUCGACGAUCCCCCCCCCCCCCCCCCCCAAGACGCGCCCCCGAUUACUCGCACGACCCGGCGACCACUCCUCCCCCACCACGCCGCGGCUUCCGCCCCCCCUCCUCCCGAUGGCCUCCUCCAACCCCGGCGCCGGCGACGAGCUCCUCGACGAGCUCCUCGACAGCGCCCUCGACGACUUCACCAGCCUCGACCUCUCCGCCGCCCCCAAAAGCGGCGGGGAGGCCUCGGCGGCGUCGUCGUCGUCAUCGGGGUCGGGGGACGCGAAGCCGGUGAAGGGGCUGGGGCUGGGGCUGGGGCUGCCGGACCCCAGGGCGCCGAGGCGGCGGGCGGCGAAGCAGCCCACUGCCGCGCCGCCGCCGCUGCCGCCGAGGGGCGCGUACGCGUCGGAGGCGCUCGAGAAGCUGACGCGCGAGACGCGGGAGGCGGUGCGCGGGCUCGAGACGGCCACCGGGGCCAUAGCGGGGCUGGAUGACGAUGCGAUGAUGGAGGAGUUCGUUAAGCAGUUCGAGGAGUUCGCCGGCGCGCAGGAUAUGGACUCCAUUGUUGAAACAAUGAUGCAACAACUUCUAUCCAAGGAGAUUCUUCAUGAGCCGAUGAAGGACAUUGUGGAAAAAUACCCAAAAUGGCUCGAGGAAAAUAAAAGCAAAAUAAGCAAAGAAGAAUAUGAGCGUUACAACAACCAGCUUGAACUCAUGAUGAAGCUUAAUGAGGUCUACGAAAAGGAGCCGGAAAACAUGGCAAAGAUUUUUGAGAUCAUGCAAAACAUGCAAGAAUGUGGUCAACCCCCCAGUGAUCUUGUUCAAGACAUUGCUCCAGAUCUUGAUCUGAGCAAGUUGGGACAACUGUCUCCGGAGAUGCUUGAAUCAGCACCAAAUUGCUGUGUAAUGUGAUGAGUAAAACAUUCCGUUAUGGAUUAUGAAGUAGCUACCUUAUCUCUACCCUUUCCCUAAAGUUACUUUCAUAUGGAUCAAUUGUAAAGCUUCACAGAUACAUAUGAACUCAAUGUUUUCUUAUUCUUUAGCGAAAGAUACAUUUGUUCGAAUUGAUGUACUGUGAAAGGGAAGAAAAAUAUAUCCGUUUGCCUUGUGCGAGGUGUGCAAUGUGCAAUCUUGAAUGCACAAGUUAUGUC